CCCAAUCAGAGCUCCGAAUGCAAACCUGCUGCCAGGAGAGAAUCCUGGACACUUGGGCGAGGGGGCCGUUAGGAGUUGUAGUUUUCUGCCUAAAGCAGCCCUCGCCAACGCCUGGGCAGGGGAGGACCAGAGACUACAAGUCCCAGGGGGCGCUCGCAGGGCGUUCGCUAGGCGGCCGGUACGAAAGAGGAACCCGCCUGUUGUGUGAAUUCUCUCUCUAGGAAGCUCAGACUACUAUUGUUCCAGAACAGGAGAUGCCCAGCUUGCCUGCUAUUUCAGUGCUUCAGGGGCCUCUGCUAAGUAAAAAGUCUUCAUAGAGAUCUCCUUGUCAGCUCACCAGCAUGGCACUGCAGUGUCUCAUGCUUCUAGCUGGCCUUCUGAUGGGUGGCAUGAGCAAGUCCACAGAAAACAAGGCCCAGCAACCUGAGUGUUGUAUGGAUGUGGUAGACUUCAAUGCUACCUGUCUAGGUACAGGUCUAUGUGGCCCAGGUUGCUACAGGCACUGGAAUGCAGAUGGGAGUGCUAGCUGUGUCCGGUGCUGGAAUGGGACCCUCCCGACAUAUAAUGGCUCUGAGUGCAGAAUUCUCACUGGCCGGGGCAUGCAGUUUCCCAUGAACAGAAGCACAGGGACACCUGGACAGCCACAUUUUGGGGGUCCUCACGUGGCAGCUUCCCUCUUCCUGGGGACACUCUUCAUCAGCACAGGCCUCAUCCUCUCUGUGGCUGGGUUCUUCUACCUCAAGCGCUCCAGUAAGCUUCCUGAAGUUUUCUACAGGAGAGACAGAGCCCCUGUCCUGCAGCCUGGUGAAACAGCUGCAAUGGUCCCCCUGCCACAGUCUUCAGUGAGGAAGCCAAGAUACAUCAGGCGUGAGCAGCACCCAGACAAGAAUAGGGAUCCUUCUGCCUUCUCCACAGUGGAGGCCCACAUCAGCAACGUCUGACCUAGAGGUCAACUGAGACUUCACAGUACAGCAGUGGAGACCCAAGGCUCCCCUCCAGUGAGUUUACUACACAGAGGGCCUGGGCCUUAAGAUAUGCCAGAAUUGACUCCCAAUGACAGACACGUACAAAUGCUAGGGGGAUGCUAACCUCCAUGCCAUGAAAUCUUCACUGUGUGGUUUAACAGGAGUAACCAUCUGUGACUGAGGACUCAAGAGCAAGUCAUGUGGGUUCUGUGCCUCAUAGAAGUAACAGCAUCUGUAACAGCUAUAACACAGGCCUAAUCCAAAUGAUCAAAACUUCUGGAGCCCACCCACUGGAGCCCAUAGUAGACAGGACUCUCCAUCACCACUGAGCUAAGAAGAGUGAAACCAAGGUUCCAACAGUGGAGAAAACACAACCUGGAAACUGGUACCAGAGAUAGGUUGCUCUAGUGUCAGCCUGCUAAUUUAGCUGCUGACCUCAAGGAACAUAUUUCUCAAAGUUGUAGAAUUGAGUGUCCUGGGUUUUCUGAUUCCAGAAGCCAGCAGAAUCUUGUCUCCCAGGGACAGACUUCCAUCCAGCUACCUUUCAGGCUGGGAAACUCAAAAUGUUUACCCAUGGGGCCACCUCCUCUGAACACUUCAGGUCUCUUGUCCCAUUGGGCUUGUGAGGUCAUGCUGGUCAGCAGGCCUGUCUUUGCUCUUCCAAGACUCCAGAAACUAUGUCUGUGAGCUGCUAGUAUGACUGGUGGCAUUGGCCAUGCGCUCCUGUAGAAGAAGGUGCCACCUAAUUACCAGUGCCACUCUCCGUGUAUGAUCUAAAGGUGUCUAGCAUCUUCUUUGACAUCAGGCACAUAUCUGAUGUUACAGUGUUAUGAACUUGCUUUCCCAGACUUGAACCAGUGACUCUGGUAGCAGCAGCAAUUCAAAGUUGGACUAGUUAAAUUAGACUAGAUUUUCUCCCCUCUAGCUUUAUUGUCAUCUAUUCAGUGUGUGGGGCCUAACUACUCCAUUGCCAUGUUCAGGGGACAAGGAGUCAGGGAGGGGAAGAGGAAUCCCUCAGCAAUAUUUAGAACCUACUGUUGUCUGGUGGAACUGGCAAUACACACAACCCAUCCCCUCAUGUUUCCUUGACCAGAACCUGUUCCACGUGUAACCCCUCCCAUUUCAGGAUACUGUCUUGCUUGAAGAGAUGACCCAGCUCCUUAGAACUUGAGGUAGAAAGUGCCAAUCAAGCAUGGCAUGGUUCUUCAGAUAAGACUACACGAAUCACUAGGCUUUGAGGAAGCCACUAACAGUUUAUGGAUCUAACUCACCCUUGGAGAAAGCAGAACCCUCUACCUGGCUAUGUGUAGAUGUAUAGAUCUUUGUCUGCUGACUAGAGGUAGAACUGGGUAAAGAGUGCCAAAUGAGAGCAUAGGGAUUCUAGAAGUCCUGCCAGAUAGUUUAAAUAAGAAUGCCUUCCUAGUGCCCCCUAGCCUUACAUACUUGAAUGCUUAGUCAUCAGGGAAUGGCACUACUUGAGGGAUUUGGAGGUGUGACUUUAUUGGAGGAAGUAUCUCUCUGGGGGUGGGCAUUGGGGUCUCAAAAGCUCAAGCCAGGCCCAGUGGCUUUUUUUUCCUGCCACCUGUGGAUUUGGAUGUAGAACUCUUAGCUCCUCCUCCAGCACCAUGUCUGCCUAUGUGCUACCAUGCUUCCUGCCAUUCUGAUAAUGGACUAGACCUCUGAAACAGUAAACAAGCCCCAAUUAAAUAAUUUCUUUUAUAACA